GGCCAUUCCUCUCUAUCCAUUUUCCUGUCUUUUUUAUUACUAUUCUCAUCAACUUAUAAUUAUUUUAAUCAAAGGGCUCAGCUCAUCAGUUUCUGCAACUUAGUACAAAUUCCAAAACCCAAUCAAAGUGCUUCUGCUCUCUUUCUUUGAGAAGAUUGGGGUGUUCACUCCCAUUCUCACAUGGUCUGGUGCUACAUGUUAGGAGUUUAGUUAAUGCUCAUUAUAAGCUUUAUCUUCACUUUCCUUAAUUAUAUAUUAUUUAUUUAUUUUAUAUUUCUUAUAAUGAAUUAUGAAUUUAGAAACACUUUUAUUCCAAACCAGUAAUGGUAAUAUGUGGAAAGGUAAUAUGGGGUCUGUGUUUGCUUCUUUAAUGGGCUAAUCAAGUGACUAAAACCGUUGAACAAAUGCUUAAAAACAUUUCCUCAUAAUGGUAAUUUCCCAUGUUGGGUAGCUUGUGGAGCUUUAUGGUAGUGCCAAAAGAAACACCCACACACAUACUCCUCUCUCUGUCUUUCUAUUUUGCUGCAUUUGGUUUGAAAUGCUGAGGCUUGAACUGGUUUUGUGAAGUUGUUGCAGUGUUGGAUCUGGUUCUUUUUAACCAGGCCUCAAAUGGGUUUGUGAGUUUUCUCAAAUUUGGUCUCUGAGUUUGAAGGUUUCCUGCUAAAUUUUCAGUUUUUAGUGUUGGCUCUGUUUUUAUGUGCUUAGGCCUGAAAUGGGUUUUUAAGCAUUUCAAUGCUGAGAUCUGAUUUCUGCAGAUUUACUGGUCACAGUGAGGUACAAGAUUCUGUGAGUUGGAUUUGGUAACCUACUUUUGUACUUCAUAACAGUUCAGUUGAGAGCGAGAGGUUAAAGCAAAAAUGGCUCCAAGCUUGGAUUUUUCCAGGUGGUGGGCAAAGGGCAUUUCCAGGUGGUGGGCAAAGGGCAAUACAAGUAAGGGUAAUCCAGUGGUGGUGACCAUGGAGAACCCCAAUUACUCUGUGCUGGAGAUAAAUGGUCCUGAUGAAGUAUUUAGGCCAGUUGAUAAGGACAGAGGCAAGAAUGCUAAGCAAUUUACAUGGGUUUUGCUUCUAAAGGCGCAUAAAGCUGUUGGUUGUGUUGCUUGGCUGGGAAAUAUUCUUUGGUCAUUGCUUGGUUCCAUUAAGAAAAGAUUGAUAUUUGGGCAAGGAGUGACUGUGGAGAAUGAGAAAUCUGGAAAAGGAAGAACCUUGUAUAGGGUCAUUAUGGGAUUCUUAGUCAUGGCUUUAGCUUUUCUGGCUUUUGAACUGGUCGCCCACUUGAAAGGUUGGCAUUAUUUCCAGACCAAUAGUUUGCAUAUCCCCCAAACUUUGGAGAUUAAAGGAUGGCUUCACUCAGUUUAUUUUGUAUGGUUGGAGUUCCGGGCCGACUACAUUGCACCUGCAAUUCAAGCUUUGACUAACUUCUGUGUUGCUCUCUUCUUAAUCCAAUCCGCCGACCGUAUGCUGCUUUGUUUAGGUUGCUUCUGGAUCAAGUUCAAGAAGAUUAAGCCAAGGUUUGAAGAAACCCCAUUGAAGUCAGACGAUUUGGAAGGUGAAGGAUGUUAUUAUCCGAAGGUUCUUGUUCAAAUUCCUAUGUGUAAUGAGAGAGAGGUGUAUGAACAAUCUAUUUCAGCAGUCUGCCAAAUUGAUUGGCCCAAAGAACGCUUGCUGAUUCAAGUUCUGGAUGAUUCUGAUGAUGAUAGCAUACAGUGGUUAAUUAAGGGAGAAGUAGCCAAGUGGAACCAAAGGGGUGUUAAUAUUAUCUACCGACAUCGUUUGGUUAGAACUGGUUAUAAAGCUGGGAAUCUCAAAUCGGCAAUGAAUUGUGAUUACGUGAAGGACUAUGAGUUUGUUGCAAUCUUUGAUGCUGAUUUCCAACCAAACCCUGACUUCCUCAAGCUGACAGUUCCCCAUUUUAAGGACAAUCCUGAGCUGGGGUUGGUUCAGGCUAGGUGGGCUUUUGUUAACAGGGAUGAGAACUUGUUGACACGCCUCCAAAACAUCAAUUUGUGCUUCCACUUUGAGGUGGAACAGCAGGUUAAUGGGGUUUUCCUCAACUUCUUUGGCUUCAAUGGUACUGCUGGAGUUUGGAGAAUCAAAGCACUUGAAGAAUCUGGAGGCUGGCUCGAGCGUACAACAGUAGAAGACAUGGAUAUAGCAGUUCGCGCCCAUCUGAAUGGUUGGAAAUUCAUAUUCCUCAAUGAUGUCAAGGUCCUUUGUGAACUUCCUGAGUCUUAUGAAGCUUACAAAAAGCAGCAGCACCGUUGGCAUUCUGGUCCGAUGCAUCUCUUCCGUUUGUGCCUUCCAGCCAUCAUUAGUUCUAAGAUGAUGUUCUGGAAGAAGGCAAACUUGAUACUACUAUUCUUUCUGCUUAGGAAGUUAAUUCUCCCAUUUUAUUCUUUCACAUUGUUCUGCAUAAUACUUCCUUUGACCAUGUUUGUCCCUGAAGCUGAGCUGUCCAUGUGGGUUAUUUGCUAUGUGCCCGUAUUUAUGUCAUUCAUGAACAUUCUUCCUUCCCUUAGAUCCUUCCCCUUCAUUGUCCCUUACCUUCUGUUUGAAAACACAAUGUCUGUUACCAAAUUCAAUGCUAUGGUAUCCGGCUUGUUCAAGUUG